UAGAACCCCUGCACCACCGGUGAGGGGAAAUCAUGGCCCAAGCGGGCAAAGCUCUAUGUCACAAGGCUCGGGAAUGAAGAGGUGUAGAACCUGCAAGAAGAACCACCUGGGCAAGUGUCGUGAUCCCCCGAGAUGCUAUCAAUGCGGGGAGGUUGGUCAUUUGAAGGUGAGUUGCCCACAACUUGGGCGAGCCAUGGGGGCCGGACCAAGUAGUGGAGCGACGGUGAGCAGAAAUCGAACAGGGGCACCAAAUGCUAGUGGUGGGCACGAUGGAGCGAGUGCGAGCAACGCGCCAUCCGUAAAUCAAGGGAAAACCCAAGCUCGGGUCUAUGCUAUGACGGAGGCGGAUGCUCGUGCCAACCCGGACUCCGUUGCGGGAACACUAAAGAUAAACGGGAGAGAUGCAAGAAUCCUUAUUGAUACCGGGGCGCAACGAUCAUUUGUGAGUGAGACGUUCGCCGGGGGAUUCAAUGAACUGCUUGUACCGAUGACUCAAACCCUAUUGGUGUCCACACCUCUAGGGGAUGAUAUCGAAAGAGAUAGCCAUUAUCCAUCGUGUGAGGUGGAGGUGGAGGUGGAGGGCCAAAAUUUGACGUGUGAUUUCGUACCGCUGAGUAUGAUCGAGUUUGAUGCAAUCCUCGGAAUGGAUUGGCUUGAGAGACAUCAUGCUAGGGUCGAUUGCUACACGAAGGUUCUUGAACUCGAAAGCGGUGAAGGAUUGACUUUACGCUUUGAGGGAGAUAGAGGCAAAUCAAACAGUUGUAUCAUAUCCGCCGUGAGAGCGAGGAAUAUGAUGAGAAAGGGAUGCCACACAUAUCUAACAUACGUGGUGGAUAAAGCCAAAUAAGAGACAGACAUCAAUGAUGUGCGAGUAGUGUGCAAGUAUCCGGAUGUCUUCCCAAAAGACUUGCCGGGACUUCCACCCGAUAGGGAGAUUGAGUUCGUGAUCGAGGUUGAACCCGGCACCAAACCAAUCUCUAUACCGCCAUACAGAAUGGCACCCGCUGAACUUAAUGAGUUGAAAACCCAAUUGCAAGAGCUAUCGGAUAACAGUUUCAUAAGGCCGAGUCACUCUCCGUGGGGAGCACCGGUACUUUUCGUGAAAAAGAAGGAUGGAACACUUCAUAUGUGCAUUGACUACCGUCAACUGAACAAGGUCACGAUCAAGAAUAGGUAUCCUUUACCUAGAAUUGAUCACUUGUUUGAUCAACUUCGAGGAGCAACGGUGUUUUCGAAGAUCGAAUUGAGGUCGGGGUACCAUCAACUGAAGAUAAAGGAGGAUGACAUACCGAAGAGUGCUUUUCGCACGAGGUAUGGUCAUUUCGAGUUCCUAGUCAUGUCGUUUGGGCUAACGAACGCCCCGACGGCAUUUAUGGACUUGAUGAACCGAGUAUUUCAUAAAUACUUGGACCGGUUUGUAAUUGUGUUCAUAGAUGACAUCUUGAUUUACUCAAAGAGUGAAGAAGAGCAUGAGGAGCAUUUGAUACUUGUUCUUGAGACACUACGGGAGAAGCAACUCUAUGCCAAGUUUUCCAAAUGUGAAUUUUGGCUAAGGGAGAUUGGCUUUCUCGGACAUGUGGUUUCGGGAUCAGGGAUUGCCGUAGAUAACAAGAAGAUUGAAGCCAUUACCGAAAGGGAGAGGCCAAAGAACGUCAAGGAAAUUCGUAGUUUCCUUGGAUUGGCAGUUACUACCGAAAAUUCGUGGAGAAGUUCUCAGUUUUGGCAUCGCCAUUGACAAAGCUCACUCGAAAAGGGGCUAAGUUUGUAUGGGAUGACCGAUGUGAGAAAGGAUUCCUAGAAUUAAAGAAGAGAUUGACCGAGGCACCGUUACUUGCAUUACCCAAACAGGGGAUGGG